CGCACUCGACAGUAGACAUGAAGACUGCGACAGUAUUGUUGUCCCUGGUAGCGGCCAUUGGAGCGGAAGCGCCUUACCUCUUACCGCGUCCUGCUUCGCAGGCGCCUGCCUUCAACUACCCCUCUGCCCUAGCACCGCAGGCGUCAGGGCGCCCCGCACCUUCAUCAUCACAUUCAGCGCCUCAAUCUAAUUUUGGAUAUUACUACACGCCGCCAGCGACUCAAAUGUAUUAUCAACAGCCCGCACCACAGCCGCAGUACAUUCCACAGCCUCAGCCUCAAUACCAACCUCGUCGUCAGCCUCAACCUCAGUCAGGUUACAAUUAUCCGGCAUCACAGCCCCUACCCAUAAUACUCCCCCAACCCCUUCCUAAGAUUCCCCCUAGUUCUUCAUAUGGAGUACCGCACUUACCUGCGCAAUCAGUACGUCCGACGCGUCCUCAGCCUAUUCCUGCCUAUCAACCAGCACCCCAACCCGCACCUCAGCCAGCUCCUCAACUUGCACCUCAACCAGCUCCCAUUAUCCAAUAUCAGCAGCAACAAUACAGCCAGUCAGGGUAUGCGUACCAACAGCCUCAACCACGUUUUCCAGCACCACUGCCUGUCCAGUCUCAAGCACUGAGCAACAAUGCGGCUUCGUUGUCUAGUUAUCAAGCGGACUCCAAACAAUACAGCUCCCAGUCGCAGCUUCAAUCUCAUGGGGACAUUUUAGACUCUGCCAUUAUCGACCAAAUUACGAAUAUUAUAAAGGAAAAUGAACACAGUUCAGCAAAGAGUGCUGGUUAUUUUUCACUUGUGUCAGGAGUGUCUUUAGAAAACGCCCAGCCGAGUAUCGAACUUUCAUCAUUUGUUCAACACUCGCCGGGGGUGAAUAGUGCUAGUUCGUCUUCCCAGACGUCAGUGUCGGGAACGUCAUCAUUUGCGACACCAACUCCAGGGACCGAUUAUGGACUACCCACUAUUACUACAAAGAGUCAGACCCAAUCGAGUUCAAGUUCUAGUGCACAGAACCUUUUCCCUCAACUGCAACCCGCCACAUCUUACGGAGCUCCAUAUUAAAAGUACAGUAUGAAAAGUUUGUACAUAAUUCUGACAUAAACUUGUAAAUAUUGAUAG